AAGUGAGGAGAGGAAGAGGCAGUUCAUAGCAGAGACACUCAGCAGAGAACACUGUGGAGAGAAAAGAGCAAGACAGAAACAGUGUCAAGUUUGUCCUGUGGAGACUGACGGCUUCAAGCAUAAAAUCAGGAUGUUUCUUAUCUGUGCAACGCUGCUUUUCUCUGUGAGCUGCAUCAAGGCACAAACAGGUGCAGUUUUGGGAAGACCACACUGUUACAGAGGUUACUGUAUCACUCGUAGUGAAGCAGAUAUAACAGCAGAGGCUGGACUCUGUGUUGUGAUACCGUGCUCUUUCACUACUAUGACAUCCUUUACACCCCAACAUUUAGUUUGGUACAAAUGUGAACGGUCUAAACCAAGAUGUAGCGAUUCUGACAUUAUAUUCCACACAAACAAGUACAACAACAAGGUUCAGACUUUGUUCAAAGGACGGGUUUCACUGUUGGAGCAUGAUGUGAGUCAGGGGAACUGCAGCAUCAUCAUCAACGACCUCACCAGCUCAGACUCUGGAGCAUAUCAGCUCAGAGUUAAUGGGUUUCGUUCUGGGGAAGUGGAUGGACUUACAUACUCUCAAAGAUCAUUUGUCUCUGUAAAAGGUCUGAGCCAGAAGCCCUCAGUGAUGAUCCCUUCUCUGACGGAUGGACAGCAGACCACACUGACCUGCACUGCUCCUGUUCUCUGUUCUGGAUCUAAUCCUGAAUUCACCUGGACGUGGAGAGGAGCAGGAGUGAAUGACUCUCAGAUCACAGGAAACAUCACUGCUUUCAAAACUGAGAAUCUGACUGCUGUCACACAGAGACACAGCUCCACUCUGACCUUUAACACUUCAGCUGAACACCACAACAGCAGUAUUACCUGUGAGGUCAGCUUCACAAACGACAUCACUGCAGAGGAGACUGUGACUCUUAAUGUGACCUAUGUGAAGAAAGCCAAAAUCUCGGGGAAUGCAAGUGUAAUGGAGGGUGAGACUCUACAUUUGACCUGCAGUGUUGACAGUUUCCCUCCAUCCCUCAUCAUGUGGACUAACUCCUAUGACAGAAACUUUAAAAAUGGAUCAGAAACAAGUCUUCAAAAUGGCACUUUGACUGACCUGCAGAACGGCACUGACACUUUCCUGCAGGAUGAAAGAGGAAUCAACAUUUUUUCCAUCUCAAACAUGACACCAGAAGAUUCUGGACCUUACAUCUGCAAAGUGAAAUAUCUGAACCACACCCUGAUAGAACAAGUUAAUGUUACAGUCAUAUAUAUGAGGGAAACUCUGAUCACUGGAGAUACAACUGUUAAGGAGGGAGCUUCUCUGAAUUUAACCUGCAGUGUUGAAAGUUUUCCUCCGUCUCAUAUCACAUGGGCUAAACCUGGCUUCAACACAAACCUGUACAAUGGACCGGAGUCUAACCUGCAGAGCGACAAUGGGCCAGUCACACUUCUCAUCCCUAAUGUGACCUCAGGAUAUUCUGGACAGUACAUCUGUACUGCGCAACACUUAAACACGACGGUGACUACUUAUGCAGAUGUAACAGUGACAUGGUUUUCAAGGAUCUUCAAAAGCUCUGAAUGUGUGGUUCAUUCAGGCGUCCUGAAUUGUGUGUGUAUCACUGAAGGGUUUCCUCUACCCACCAUCGAAUGGCCACUGUUGAAGAAACACACAGAGUACUCCGUCUUUACCACUGUGUCAAACUACACAAUCAACAGCAGCCUUACUUUGAAACAUAACAGCAACACCUCUGUUGAGUGUGUCAGCACCCAUGAAAAUGGGGAAGCAAAAACAAACCUCACCAUCAGAAUAAACACGUCAGAACAAGGGGAUAAAUCCCAAAAUAUAUUUAAAAUGGUUUCCCAGCUGAAAGUCAUCAUUGCCUUUUUCAUUGGAGUACUUCUGUCAGCAUUCCUUUGCUGUUUUGCCACAAAAUGCCACAGGAUUUUGUUACAUAGAAAUAAACAGAAGAUCUCUGAAAAUCUGGAAGAGACUAUGGGGAUGGUGGCCAGUCAAGAGGAAACACAAAUAAAUGUUGCUCAAGCAGAGGAAGAUUAUCAUACCUACUUCCAAGAGGCAGCUGAAGAAGAAGGAGCUGUGGAAGCAGAGAUAGGAGAAACUGAUCUCAAUGAAGGACCAACAGAUGUGGAGUAUGCGAGCAUUGAUUUCUCCAUGUUGAAAAUAAACAGUCAGAGGGAGGGAGCAAAGAAGCCAGGAACCACAGAGACGGAGUACGCUGAAAUUAACAAAAAAGUAAAAGACGAAAGAGAAGACAAUGGCGGAGAGGAAGGUUAUGUGUUGGAAGAGGAAGAGGCCGUCGCCACGGAGGAGGAGGAGACAAAAUAUGGUGAAAAGGAGGAAGAGGAGGAUGAGGAGGAUGUUGCAUUGUACUCCAAUGUGAAGGAAAUAAUGGCUGAGACUUGAAGGCCGUUGCACAGUGGAGCUGCUUAAAGAUGAAAUGUCUCUUUAUCUCAUCUGUUGUGAUUGACAUUAUGGACUAAUGAUGGAUUUUCAUAUGGAUGAAUUUUAGCACUGAUCUCUUCUAACUUCAAAUUCAGCUACAUUUACUGAAGUUACCAAGACAUUUCAUAUUUUUAAAUAUUGCAGUCUGUGCAAAUCCAUUCAUUGGACUGGACUGAAAAUUACUGGACUGGUAUUGUGCUUUAAUGUGUUUAGUUUUAAAAGGUUUUCAGAUAUGUUCCCCCCAUAUCUAUUUGUAUGCAUUAUAUGAAUCUGCUUGACUCACAGUUCAGUAAGACUGAACAAUAUCUUGUGAACCUAUUUCAUCUAAAAGAAAAAACAACCUGUUUUCAUGUUAGGGAAGAAAUCACUGAGUGGUAAGUAAAAAGAGCACCUUUAUUUUUACAGAACCUGUAAACAUUACAAAUACAGCAAAAGUGCGUUACUGAUGAAGACAAAACUGUCGUCUGUCCUUAGCUUUAAAAAAAAGUAAUCAUGUAGCACCUUGAAGUGCCAACAGGAAGUUAUUUAAGAGGAUACAGAAAUGCCAUAUAAGGCAAUGUUUAAAUGAAGAACCCCUUCAUUUCCGAGAACUUAACAUAAAAACAACCAAAUUAUCAAAACCAUAGUGUUACAAGUGCAUGCUCUGUUAUAAGGCUGCAUCCAGUGGAAACAAUAACUAGGAGUUAAACAAUACUUUUUAACUUGAGGUAUUAUUAGCACGUUCAGGGAGUUUUAUAUUUAAAGAAACAAAUCAUUUUUUAACUGCAGAUAUUAACAUGAAUGCAGAUCAUUGAGAUGCAUGGACAUUUCACUCUGGUAAUUAUGUGUUUUAGAACGAUGGUUUGUAUAUUUAUUGUUUGUGUUUUUCUGACUCAUAUUCUGAUGCAGACUCAUGGUACUAACGCUUGCAAUGUUUUUCACACCUUCAGUCAUCAUGAUAAACCUUAUAAAUAGACUUGUUCACUUCGAGAUGUUUUAUUCACUGUAAGAUCAAAUAAAAUGUACUUUAUUGAUCACAA